CCAUGACGUCAGUCAGGACAAUGCAACGGCGCAACUUGCACGCCUUUCCAUAACCAGUUUGCACCUUACACCUGCGAGCGCUCAGACCAGCAUGCAUUGAUGAUACGACCUCAUUUUCUUCCACUUGGUCGCCUCUGCGAGCUCUCGAACAGAGCGAACGCUCAAUUCAUCUCGGCAGCACCACCAUGUCGACCGAGACAUAAUGUUCAGGCGGUCCGAGCCUUCAAAGCUGCACCAAUUCUGAGCUCGUAUCACGCUCAGCAGCGGAUCAUGAAGCGCCAGGCCUCAUCCGCCGCGGCGGCCUCCCCGUCCCGCAGCAAGAAGCCCCGGCCACAAGUGCCCGACUAUCAUCUAACCCCCUCGCGUAAGAAUGACGACGGAAGCGCUAUCUGGCCGGCACCCGAGGAUGAAAUUGAGCGAGCACGGGACUUCAUUGUUGAAUGCGUCGCUUCCCAUAAGAAGACCAUCAUUGUGCCGGACAAGGACGCAGACGGGUUAACCUCUGGCGCGAUUUUGCGAAAGACGCUCAUCCUCCUUGGCUUAGAGGCAGAGCUCAUCGAGGGCCACGUCCUCGGCAAGGGUCACACAGUUCACGACGAGGCAGAAAGGCAAGCCAUAGCCGCCAAGGAGCCGGCGUACAUCUUCGUCCUGGACCAGGGCUCACGGAAGUCGCCCCCCAUCAUCGACGCUCCUCACAAGGCUCUCAUCAUCGACCACCACUGGGCGCUGGAUGACGACUUCCCCGAGCGGUCUCAGCACGUCACCGCCUGCAACUCACCCCCCGUCGCGACGAGCUCGUUGCUCACCUACCACAUCUGCUCUGGGCUCCAUGACGACGUCGAGCGGCAGUGCGACUGGCUCUGCGUCAUGGGCACGCAUGGCGACCUGGGCAACACGUUGAAGUGGGAGCCCCCCUUCCCCGAUAUGAAGGGCACCUUUAAGACGUACACCAAAAAGGCGCUCAACGACGCCGUGUCGCUCAUCAAUGCGCCGCGCCGCACCGCCUCGUACAACGUCCCCAUGGCAUGGAACGCCCUGCUCGAGGCCAGCUCGCCCGCCGACCUUUUGAAGAACCGCCAACUCUUGUCCGCUCGAGCCGAGGUCAACGCAGAGGUGGAGCGCUGCACGCACACCGCGCCCAAGUUCUCCGCCGACGCGCGCAUUGCCGUCUUCCGGAUCAGCUCCGAGGCGCAGGUCCACCCCGUCAUCGCGACGCGAUGGGCCGGCCACCUGCAGAGCUCCAAGCUAGAGGUGGUUCUCGUCGCCAACGAGGGAUACCUGCCGGGCAUGGUCAAUUUCUCGUGCCGGAUACCGCGCAGUGCGAGGGCGCGGGACCCCCCGGUCAACAUUAUCGAGACGCUGCGGAGCCUCGCGGACAAGGCAUCGGAUCAGACGCUGCGGGAGCGCCUGGGCGAGUCGUUUGCGAGGGGCCACAAGGAAGCAAGUGGGGGUAUCGUGCCAAAGGGAGAAUUCGAGGAGCUGAUGGCUGUGCUCGAGAUAGACAGGAACGCUCCGCAGCCAAAGGUUGCUAAUAAUAAGGGCAGGCGGCUGGACGAUGGCGACAAACAGUCUAACACGCUGGACAAGUACUUUAAAAAGAGCUAAGAAACACUGAAGCGUUUUAGUGCCUUGUCGUCUUGUGUCUGUGAUGUUGCGUCCCGAGCGUUCAGAAAUCAUUAAUACAGGAUUUGCCUGUUUGCGGGCCAGAGCACAGUUGAGUGCAAGCGUCAAACCGACACAACCACUACAUGCAAGCAUUCAGUGCCUCCGUGAUGGCGCCCGUCCAAUGAUG